CGUACCCGGAAAGCAUGACUUUCAUUUUUGUAUUUGUAAGCUUUUACUUUUGAAAAGUUGCCUCCCCACAUUUACCUGAAGCAAAUUCAGUAAACCCCGGACACGAAACAUUGGUCCUGACCGGUCCUGACAGGUAGGAAUUCUUAUGUCCGUUUAAACUACUACGUCUGAGCUAAGAUGGAGAACUGCUGUGGUCUGCUAACCUCUAAACAGGAACCAGUUCCUCUGAAGAGUGUGGAGGUGGAGCUGGAGGUGAGGGACCAUGUGGCUACAGUGGUGUCCACUCUGAACUAUGAGAACAAGGAGGACAAACCACUGGAGGCUGUGUUUGUCUUCCCUAUGCCUGGAGAUGCUGCUGUCUGUCAUUUCAGUGCUACGAUUGGACAGACACAGAUUGUGGCUGAGGUGAAGGAGAAACAGAAGGCUCGUGAGGAGUACGAUGACGCUCUGAGCUCCGGUCAGCAGGCCUUCCUGUUGGAGGAGAGUGAUCAGAGUCCAGAUAUUUUCUCUCUGAGUGUGGGCAGUCUGCCUCCAGGAGAGAGCGCCUCCAUCAGGCUGGAGUACGUCACUGAGCUGGCUGUGCAGGCUGAUGAAGGGCUGAGGUUUGUUCUGCCUGCUGUGCUCAACCCUCGCUACCAUCCACAGGGUAGUGAAGGUGUCCAGGUGACCUCUGUUCCCGCCUCUCUGGUGCCCUACAGUCUGUCUUUCUCUGCCCGGGUGUCCUCUCCUCGUCCGGUCUCUAAAGUAGAGUCCAACUGUCCCAUGGACCCUCUGAAGUAUCUGAACACAGAGCAGAGCCAGGCCACGGUUAAGUUGGCUGCAGGACACAAGUUUGACAAAGAUGUUGAACUUCUGAUUUAUUACAAAGAUGCCCACCAGCCCACAGCUGUGGUGGAGGCAGGACAGACCUCUGCCAAGCCUGGCACUCUGAUGGGGGAUCCACUGGUGAUGCUGAGUCUGUACCCUGAGUUCCCCCAGGCUGUGAUGUCUUCACUCGCCUCAUGUGGAGAGUUUGUGUUCUUAUUGGAUCGAUCUGGCAGCAUGGGUGUCCCUAUGAACAACAACGAGGGUUCACAGACUCGCAUUGGGAGUGCCAGGGAUACUCUGCUGCUCCUCUUGAAGAGUAUACCAAUGGGCUGCUAUUUCAACAUCUACAGUUUCGGGUCAAGCUAUGAACACAUCUUCCCUAAGAGUGUGGAGUACAGUGAGAAGACCAUGGAAGAGGCUCUGAAGAAGGUUGAAGGCAUGGAAGAUGAUUUGGGAGGAACUGAGAUCCUUGAGGCCCUCAAACACAUUUACAGCCAGGCCUGCAUUCCCAAUCAACCUCGACAACUAUUUGUCUUCACUGACGGAGAAGUGGGGAACACCAAAGAAGUAAUCAAUCUGGUGAAGAAGAAUUCAGCUUCCCACAGGUGUUUCUCUUUCGGGAUUGGGGAAGGGGCCAGCUCCGCUCUUAUCAAUGGGUUGGCCAAAGAAGGAGGAGGUCACGCUCAGUUCAUCACAGGCAUUGACAGGAUGCAACCCAAAGUGAUGCAGUCGCUGCGUUUUGCUCUACAACCAGCUGUGGUGGAUAUCUCAGUGAAGUGGGAUUUGCCAAAGGGAGUCUCUGUCUCUGUUCUCUCACCACCAAUCACAACACUUUUCCAGGGUCAAAGGUCACUGAUUUAUGCUCAGCUCACUGGACAGAGUCCAAAGGCAGCAGAGGGCUCUGUGACGGUGAAGUACAGCCUGGCAGGCCAUCCCUCUCAGAACAAGCUCCACUUCAACCUCAAACCUGCAGAGGACUCUGGAUUAACGGUGCACAGGUUGGCUGCUCGGACUCUGAUUCGCUCCCUGGAGAUGGUGGAAGACGAAGAGGUAGUAGAAGGAGGAGAGCCAGAUGAAGGAGUGAAGAAGAAGAAGGUGGUGGAGCUCAGCGUCCAAUCAGGAGUGAGCAGCGCCUUCACUGCCUUCAUUGCUGUCAACAAAGGCAGUGGAGAGACGAUUCAAGGACCCCUGGUGCGCCGAAAUGUUCCAACACCCAUGCCAAUGAUGGCCAUGUGUGGAGGUGGUGCAUCUGGUGGUCGAAUGAUGGGUAGGCCUAUUCCAAGAAUGGUGAGCUGUUCAAUGCCCAUGAGGAGAACAGUGAUGGAAGCAAGCCCAAGUGCACAAAUGGUCAAUGUGGGAGGAAUGAAGAGCUGUUCAAUGCCCAAGAGGAGAACAGUGAUGGAAGCAAGCCCAAGUGCACAAAUGGUCAAUGUGGGAGUGAUGGAAGCACAAUCAUGUAAAUCAAUGGAAAGCUGCGGAAGAAGGAACUGUUCAAUGUCCAAAAAAUCGAAAGGAAUGGUGAGCUGUUCAAUGCCCAUGAGGAGAACAGUGAUGGAAGCAAGCCCAAGUGCACAAAUGGUCAAUGUGGGAGUGAUAGAAGCACAAUCAUGUAAAUCAAUGGAAAGCUGCGGAAGAAGGAAGAACUGUUCAAUGUCCAAAAAAUCGAAAGGAAUGAAGACACUUUUAACGGCCAUGAGGAGAACAGUAAGCUCAUGUGUACGAAGGCCCACAUCGAAAGGUGUCGUCCAACGUGAGUCAUUAAACUGUUCCCUGGACAUUGAGCCCCAGCAGCCUCCCAGAGACCCUCUGCUGCAGCUGGUCUCCCUGCAGAAGGCGUCCGGCUGCUGGGAGCUGGAUCCAGCUCUGGCUGCUGCUGUGGGAAAGACCAGCGAGGAGGUGGAAAACACAAAACCUGCAUCGGAGAACAAGGAAGUGUGGGCCACCAUUCUGGCUCUGAUCUGGCUUCAUGGUUUCAAGAUGGAUGCUCAGAAGGAGUGGGAGCUUCUGGCUAUGAAGGCUGUGUCAUGGCUCCGUGCUCCGAACGCUCCAUGUGUGGCGGAGUGUGUGGAGGCUGGAAACACUCUGCUGGGUUGUAAGGUGCAGAAAGAUGCCCUGGGAAUCUGAGGUUUUCAUUAAAGCAACUUCUCCUUCAGGAUUGUUGCACAGAAGCAUUUAAACUCUUUACUGCAAUGUUUACUUCAUCAAAAUUGCACUAUCCACAUUUACAUUUGCAACUGUUUUAUUACUUCCUGCUACUUUAUGUAAAACAUGUUUUUUUAAGUAACUAUAUGAAUAUUAGUGAAAUAUAAUAUCUAGUGAAAAUGAAGCCUGAACCUCUGGUUAAAUAUUUGUUAAUCACAAAAUAAUCUCCAUCUGUUAAGUGUGCAAAGUGACAACAAAUAUGCCAAUAAAUUCCUUGCUGCAAACUCUUUAAAAGUUCAAAUUGUGUGGGAACAUGUUAAAGAAAAAAAAAAAAUAAUAAAUGUGUUGACAUUUGUUUAAACUUCAAAUUAUUUUUAAAUAGCAUUUGUGUCAUGUGACCCUGUGGUCCCCAAUCCAUACCAGAUAUCAUUACUACACUGGACGAAUAAGACGUACCAUCUUUUAAUUGGAUAAAAGUCCAGCUUCUAUUUUGAUAUGAAUAUUUUUAAGAAAGAAUCAGCAGAUUAAACAGUGUUUUUGUUGAUAAAGCUUCUAGGUCAUGUGACAAUAUGACUCCAAAAUGACUUCAGAAUUGUUUUACUACACUAUACAAGUAGGGGUUUUUUAUUUGGACAUUAAGAAAAUUCCGCAGUUCUUUCUAAUUUCUUUUUAAAAGUUUCCACAUCAUGUGACCCAAUGACUACAAAUUAAAUCAACAUUAUAAAACUA